AUGAACGCGCCGCAACUUUCCACAGCAGUCGCAGCUGAUCCAACAGAAGGAUGCCACCACAGCAGCAUCGUUGUGGAUAAGCGUGUUAAGGUGCUGCGUUACUCGACCACUAUGCGAAGGCUCUGCAGCAGAUUCAAACGGUUCAUACGUUUCAUUCUUCAGGUCGACUCCACCUUGUGGUUUCCUGGCGAGACGCUCACUGCGCCGUCCGUGAAGCUCCUUUGUCAGUUCUUCAUUCAGGCGCUGCUGCUGGGGCUCCAGAGGCCCGCGUUGCCGAAUGCUUUUACUCAGGCUACUACCAGCACCACAGCUUCCCUUCUCAUUGCCCUUGACACAAUCCAUGGCAGUAUACAACUCACCUAG